ACAGUGGCUCCACAGGCCUGAGUUUAUGUCUAGUUGUGUUAGUGCAGAGCUGCGUUGCUGGGCUGUGUCAAGCAGAGAGUCACCAUAAGAGGGAGGGAUUUAGGCAGCAGGACAAUACUCGUGUUUGUGCAACGGCCCCUGAGUGGCGGCUGGCUCUCUCAGAUCGCUCUCGCUUGACUACCAUUCCUGGAUCCAUUGUUGAAGUGAAAGGAAAGCGGACAGCCUGAUCCUGCUUGCGGGAUGCUUCACCAGAGACAGUGGAAGAAUGACUGGGUUCUUGUGUGAAGUACAACAAAGCAUAACGACUGGCCAGAAGACACAGAUUAAACUCUGGUGGGUCUGACCACAACAGGAAAGGAGGGCGUCCAUCCCUGACAUACCAGGGAGAGGAAGAAGAAAACGGUCCAUUUCUACCACGUCAAAGGAAACUGCGGGGUGCGUUUGUAGCGUGAGAGGACAGGUGAGGCUGAACUUGACAACUCUGGGCUGUGGACCGAAGUGUGGAAAAGAAGGGGGGGAGGAAGACGACGAAGAGGUGGGACAAGAGGAGCAGUGGGUCUGGGCGUGGAGCCCAAACACAAGCAGGAUGGGAGAGAAGAAAGUUAGUCUCCCUGCUAAGCUGAUUAAUGGGGGCGUGGCGGGCCUGGUUGGUGUGACAUGUGUAUUUCCUAUAGAUCUGGCCAAGACCCGCCUACAGAACCAGCAGGGCAUCCAAGUCUACAAAGGAAUGCUUGACUGUUUGGCCAAGACGGUGCGCUCAGAAGGCUAUUUUGGAUGCUACAGAGGUGCAGCGGUAAACCUCACUCUAGUUACACCUGAAAAAGCCAUCAAACUGGCUGCCAAUGAUGUCUUCAGACAGAAGCUCUCUAAGGAUGGGAAGUUGCCGCUGUGGGGGGAGGUACUGGCAGGUUGUGGGGCUGGAACCUGCCAGGUGGUGGUCACCACACCCAUGGAGAUGCUAAAGAUCCAGUUACAAGAUGCAGGAAGGCUUGCUGCACAAAGGCCAAUGGCAGCUCCAGCACAGGCUGCUGCUCCUGGGCCAGCCCCAUCGCUGGUGGCCCCCUCUUCACAAGCCCAAUCAACCCCACCACCACGACCCUCAGCCACAGGCAUCACCAUGGAGCUGCUGAAGACUCGUGGCCUAGCUGGUCUCUACAGAGGGGUAGGAGCCACCUUAAUGAGGGAUGUCCCCUUCUCUAUGAUCUACUUCCCCCUGUUUGCCAACCUUAAUGCCCUGGGCCGGGAAAGUGCAAGUGGGCAGGCUGAUGUGCAGGCCCGGGCGCCGUUCUGGCAGUCCUUUGUGGCAGGCUGCUCCGCUGGCUCAGUGGCAGCUGUGGCAGUUACACCGCUGGAUGUAAUAAAGACCCGUCUGCAGACCUUGCAGAAAGGUGCCGGGGAGGAUACAUACAGAGGAAUUCUUGACUGCACAACGCGCAUCAUGAGGCGAGAGGGUCCAUCAGCAUUCCUGAAGGGUGCGACCUGUCGUGCUUUAGUCAUUGCUCCUCUUUUUGGCAUUGCCCAGGGUGUCUACUUUCUUGGUGUAGGGGAGACAGUACUAGGGUUGUUGGGAUAGCAAUGCUAAGUACCAGUGGCAGCAGUCGUGUUGUUUCUGUGCAGAUAAUAUGCUGCUUUUGUUACUCAGUGAGCAGAGAAAACAGAGACAGAGGAGAAAUACAGCCACAAUCCACUAACCAAAGGAAGAGCAAUGGUCAGAAUAUGCAUGAAGGAAGCUUCAUUUACUAAUAUGUGGACUAGCGGGUUCACACUAAUGUUUCUCUAGGUUUUCACUUGCUGUAAGCAGGAUUCUGUAGGUUAAGCAAGGUCCUUUGUAUGUGUAUGAUUAAUGUGAGGAUUGUGUCCCAAGCUGGCCUGGUUAUCCCAGGGUAGUUCCUGUCAAUAUGCCUGGGCUUAGUCCUUUCACCUGAGAGAGAUCUGUUAUUUUCUGGGACAAUUGGUGCAUGUUGUUUGAGCCUGCUAACUCAAAUGCCUGCCAGUCCGACAGUUUCUUUGGCCUGUGCAUCAACUUUUUAAGAAUGUCUCUUUUCAAGCUUCAUCUAAAAACCCUUUACAGACAUGGAAUAUACAACAUCGCUGGCCUCGCUCUAUUUUUAAAGAGAGUACAUUACCAUAUGGUUUUAUAGUCAUGUUUCUCUUGGGUUCACAUACUCAGAGAUGGCAGAGAAAUCCUGUAGUAUAUCCCAGUACAUACAAAUGGAUGAAGGGGAAAUGAGCAUAUAAUCUAUGUAUUAUCUUAAGGGAAGUCUAAUUAGACUUUUGAAUAUUCUCGCCGUUUGUUUUGACAUAAAGCAGGGUCUCAUUUGUGUGCGUGUGCUUCAUAAUGCUGCACGGCCCCCUGCACACACACUUGGCGACAGAUUUUUCAUUGAUUGGAAAAAACAAUUUAAAAAAAAAACUGUUUUAAAGGGCAUUGUCCAGUGAACUAAGGAACUCACAAACUCUUAAUGUGACAGCAUGUAUUUGCAGUUGUGCUGCAUUGAAAGUGAUAUAAAAAAUGCGAUAUAUCCCCCACCUUUUCAGGAAUAACCCACUAGGAUGCUUAUUCAGGCAUCAUGUGGUCAGACUGAUGAAAAGCAGUACCUGUCUUAACAGAGUCUUAAUGAUAUAUGAUGUUUGAUGUCAGAGUCUGAACUGCCAAUCACUCAGACGUCAAUGUUUUUCUCUUAAAACGGGGCUCCAUAUCCUUCUUCCUACUGUUAAUUAUCCCUCCUACUCGAGCCUCGAGUAAUCUUGGAAUCUUUCACUGGACUUAAAGGUGCUGCCUGCCAGUGUCUCUGAGGUCAUUAGUUAAUCUGAUGGUAAUGCUUUAAUCGCCGCAUUAGCAUACAAUAUACACUAACAGACUGCUCACUUCCUGCUCGAGAGCAACUGCAAAACCAGAAUCCCACAGACUUAACGUCCUCUUCUCCGCAGCUUGCAACGGUUUAAAUAAAACCUUGCUGUCGCCUUGGAUUCAUUUUACCGCUUAGUUACAGUUAUACAUAAUACGCUUCAGUGUACGCACAAUAACUAAAGAAAAUGCAAUUAAGGCCUUAUGACUGCUGGUAGUUUCGAAAGCAUAAAAACUGUAAGUCUUAAAUCAGUGGAACUGGUUGUGUUGAAAUAUUGUUUUGGUACUCGAGUCCAAUUUUAGCAAAAGACAGCUGUAACCGUUAGACCCAUGGAGGGAGUAUGGCAACUUGUCUGGCCAACAGUUUGCCAUUACUGAAUCCCACUGGACGCCACUAAAAGGUUUUGUUUUUUACAUUUUUAAUGCAAGACACAUUUUGAUGUGGAUAUUCUAUAUAGGUUUCCUCAUUGUAGAGUGAACAUAGCCUGAGUAAAGUGUAUGUUUACAAGCUGUAAAUAAAGAUAUCUCAAACAUG